UUGCAAUAAAUUGGAUUUCUUUCGGUGUUGGUCUCACAAAGUGUCCUAUUUUAAUAGCUUAGCUCGUUAUCGUAAAACAAUUAAGGACGCUGUGGUUGGGGGAAAGGGAUUGUUAGCAAUGGAGUUUGACAGCCCCAUUGCUAGCAAUAUGCCUUAUUAGGUCGACCUCCACGUGGUUCCCCCUGGAAACCAUCGUGAACAAUUCUUGUUGAAUUCGUCACGAUGGGCCUGACCUGCUUCAUACUCACCUAUCAUCCUUCACUGGUGCCCUGCCGAUGUAUACCGAUAGCACGGGUGGGGUUACCAUUUCAUUAUCAUCCAUUAAAAAAAAAAGUAAGUAAGUGCUGUGGUUCAUAAAAAAAAAAAAAAAACAUUGCUGCAUUAGGAUUCCCGCCAAUUUUCGUAAGUAGGUUGAUCUCUUGCUUUGUGGUUAGGUAAAAGAAAUGUGAUUAGAUAGGUACCUAUUUCAUAACGUAAAUAUAAUUUGAUGUAAAAUGGCAGAAAAUAACGACGUGCAGGCGUUGGAAAAAAUUUCAACGCAAGUUGACGAAACUCAAAUUAAAAUUACGCUUUCAAGUCAGUGUAUCAAAGCUCAAGCAUUUCUUUUUAAUAAAUUAAGAAGACAAUCUGAAAGACAGAAAGAAAUUUGUAUCAUUAUAAGUAAUAGUAAUUUAAAAUUAGAAGCCGAAAUAAAACAAGCUGAACAGGAGAUAAACAGCUUAAUAAUUGCUCAUGAAGCUAUUAAAUCUGCUAAUGUAGAGCUAAUAAAAGAGUGUCUGUUGGCACAAGAAAGAAAACAGGAAAUCGAUGAACGCGUAACAGAGGGCCAAAAGAAGUAUGACAAACUUUGGUUAGAAUGUAAAAGCAGAUAUGAAAGCAUACCUAGAGUUCAGAAAUUGAUCCAAACUACAAAUAAAGCUCAACUAAUGAAGGAAAGUAUAAUUAUUCUGGAAAAUGAAAUUGAAAAAUUAGUUAAGCAAAUAGUGGAAAAGAAAAAAUACUUACUGAAAUUGGAACGAUUACGCGUAAUCGAAAUAGCAAAGUUUUUCAUUUAUGAAGUUAAACAAAUUGAAAAACAGAUUGGAGAGAAAUCUAAAGAAGUAGUAGAAUUAGAGCAGGAUAUAAAUAAGAUGCUUAAAGAGCAGGAGUGUAGAGCAAAUAAAGUUGCAUUAAAUACGCUGCCAGUAGAAGUAGAACACACUGUAGAAGAAUCUGAUAACAAUAAGCUUAAAGAUUUUGAUGCUAAUUGGCCUAGUUUGUGCAGUACAAAUGAAACACUACGAUUGCCGAGACUUCAACUUCUCAGCGCUGAUUUUGAUGAUUUAAGCUCUAAAUUAGAUCAGAUAAAGAAAUCUGAUAUAAUACAACCUAAUGUUAAUAAACGAAUAUGUUCUGUAACAAAUGAACUGGAAACUACAAUAAAGAGAUUAAAGAGCGAUGAGACCAGUUUAUUUUACUACUUUAAUAAACCCAUUCCCACUGAAGAUAAUAUGUCAUUUAUAUAUCAAAGUCAUGAGAGUAAUAUUGAUAACUUUUCGAAAAAGAAAUUAAUAAAUAUUUUGGAAGACGUUAAGAUAGACAAAAAUGAUGCCUAUAAAAUAAUGUCCAAAGUGAAACGUGAAAAAUUAAAAGAUGUUACCGUUAUCGGAACAGAAGUUUCUAAAGAAAAGGAUUCUAUCGAAGAAAUUGAACAAAUAGAAGAGAUAGAUUUAACUAACACUAGUGUUAAAACUCCAAUAGACGGUAUUAUAAUACCACCUACAGAAUUCCUGGAUUUAACUCAGAAUUCUCAAGAGAGUAUCAGUAAGAAAAAAGUAUCUUUUGAUUUACCGGAAUCGGCAGAAAGUAACAACCAAAUAAAUGAAGAUGAAAAUGAUGAGGUGACUGCCGUGGAUCAAACCAUAAACAGCGAGCUUAACGCCAGUCACACUAGUGCUGAAAGUUACACAAAGCUGAAAGAUAUGAUUCUAAAGAAACAUAAUUUGGAUUCGUCACCACAAUUUGUUUAUGCGAAAAAUACUAUCUUGCAAACGAGAAACGACGACAAUGUAAUUACAUCUAAAUUCUUUCAACAAAGUAACACAGUUAUCGAUGUUGUUCAAAAUGAGAAUGAGACAGAGAAUGUAAAUGCAGAGCAAGUUGAAGAAACUCGUGAAAAUAUUAAAGAAACAGAUCAUACAGUAAUAAAACCAGACGCAAUUAAUAAUGAAAGCAAUCUGAUAGUGACGCAAGAAAGCAAAUUGAUGAAAACAGACAAGGCUGUAACUGGAUUUCUUUUUAGUCAUGGAACUCAGGGAUGUCCUGAUUCUUUGGAUAUGUCCAUAAGUACAACAGGUUUUGAAGAAGGGGAAGAUUUUCCACAUUGCAUUGAUUCCAAUUUGCUUUUAUCUCCUAAGGCUGAUGAUCCUAUAAGUGAGAAUGCUGAAGUUUUAUCUCAAGAAGUUCCUAAUUUUUUAUCAGGACUAAGAAAAACAGGAUUUUCGUUUUUCGGAAACUCUGAAAAACAAAAAGAAACAAAAAACCAGUCUUUAACGGACACACAGAAUCAACAGAAUAAUAAUUUUAGUUUUAAUUUUGGUGAAGAAAAGAAAAAUAGGGGUGGAUUAUUCAGUAUGUUUCAUUAGUAUUCACAUACAUACA